AUGUCUAACAAUACAAACAAAGGAAAUAUGGCUACUUAUGAAACAGGACUUAAUAACCCAGGUAAUGUAGCUUCCAUUGGUGCUGGCAAUAACUAUCCUUCUAACAAUGGCACUGCUCAAAAUGAUAACAACACUAAUUACGAUACUGGACUUCAUACUUAUCGUAAUAAGGAUAACACUUAUACCGAUCGUAAUACAGAUAAUUAUGGUAAUAUGGCUACUACUGGUUUGAUGGGUAAUCAACAUAAUAAUAACUACAAUGAUCGUGGUCUCUCUAAUACUCAACAACGUAAUAAUGAUAACUUUGCCACUUAUAAUCCUGAACGUCAAAGUGAUAACUAUGGUAACAUGGCUACUACUGGUCUCCAAAAUGACAAUAAUCUUUCUUAUAAUACUGGACUUGAUGCUAACAAUCCUCGUAAUAUUCCUUCUACUGGAGUAACUGAUGCCUCUCAUCGUCAACCUGGAUACAACGAAUUAAGAGAUACUCAAGGUAACAGAGGUAUUGGUCAUCCUAAUAAGGAUAGCUAUGGUGGCCCUACAGGUACAAUAACUUCCACUGGUCCUACUGAUAGUUCUCAUGUUCACAAUAAUAACAACUCUUAUAAUCCUAAUCUUGAUACUGGUAAUUCUCAAAAUAUAAUUACUGAUGGUGCUAUGGAAGGACGACACGGUAAAGAUCAUCGUGGUAUGGCUGGUGCAGCUGGCAUGGCUGCCGCUACCGGACUUACUGGUCAUCAUCAUCAUAAGAAUAAGCAUGGCAUUACCAAUGCUCCUGGCACAACUCGUUUGUCUCGCUCUAGUUCUUCUAGUUCCUCUAGCUCUUCUAGUUCUGAUAACUCAAGUCAUCAUCAUGGUUUGAUGGGUAUGGGUAAGAAGAAGCAUCACAAUAAGGAUCACUCAACUGGUAUGAUGGAUAUGGGCAAGAAACAUCAUGAUAAGCAUAAUCUAACUGAUAUGACUGGUCGUGCUCAACAUGAUAGAAGUAACAUGUCUAACUACAACACUGGAAUUGAUCCUACUGAUCCUCGUAAUGCACCCUCUACAGGUGCUCAUCAUGGACUUCAUGAUAGAGAUAAUAUGGCUAACUACAACACUGGACUUGAUCCUACUGAUCCUCGUAAUGCACCCUCUACAGGUGCUCAUCAUGGACUUCAUGAUAAGAUGAAUACAACUGGCCAUCACAAUCCUUCCGAUGCUAAUCGUGCUACAACAUCUGGCAUGCAUCACGUAGGUGCAACUGCUGCUGGUGCAACUGCCGCUGGUGCAACUGCCGCUUCUAAUCAUCAUCAUACUGCUGGUUCUGGCAAUACUGCUACACAUCCUACAAAUACAACUACAGGUAUUGGUCAUACACCAGACACCACACAUCAAAAGGAGCCUUCCCAUCUCAAUACUGGUGAACGAAAGCAUGAUCUUCAUGGUGCUACUGCUGCUUUAGGUGAUCAUGGUGCUUCACAACAUAACAAAAAUAAUGGAGGUGCUCCUAAUAAUGUAACCAUUGAUCAAGGUCCAGCUGGAGAUGCAGCUCAUACUGGUUUACACGAUGGUCAACGACAUGCAGGUGAACCCAAAGUUGCUGGAUAUAAACAUAGUGCCUCUAAGGAUACUACUGCUCAUAAUAAGCCAUCAUUUGGUGAUAAGGUUAAAGGAAAUCUCGAAAAAAUCGCUGGUAAGGUUACUGGUAAUGAAGCCAAGGUUAUUGAGGGUGAAAACCUCGCCUCUGGACAUAAAUAA